AUGCAACUUGUCAAGGAGUUUUCUAAUCUUAUGCAGAGUGAGUUUGAUAUGAGUAUUAUGGGGGAUUUGAAUUACUUCCUUGGACUUCAAAUCAAUCAACUCAAUGAAAGGACAUUUGUGUGUCAAAUGAAAUAUUGCAAUGAACUACUAAAGAGAUUUGGUAUGGAAGAUGCAAAGUCGAUUGACACUCUGAUGCCUAUAAAUGGAAACUUGGAAAGAAAUGAGAAUGGUAAGGAUGUUGAUGUUAAUAAGUAUAGAGGUAUGAUUACUUCUCUUCUAUAUCUCACUGCAUCUAGGCCAGAUAUUAUGUUUAACGUGUGUAUGUGGGCUCGCUAUCAAUCGGCUCCUAAGGAAUCUCAUUUAAAAGUCGUAAAACGCAUUCUUAGGUAUCUUAUUGAUACUUCUAAGUAUGAGCUUUGGUAUUCUGAUGGAAAUGAUUGUAAUUUGGUUGGUUAUACCGAUUCCAAUUUUUCCGGUUUUAAAUCAGAUAGGAAGAGUACUAGUGGAACUUUCCACUUGUUUUCAAAUUCCUUAGCAUUCUUUUUCAAUAUGUAA